AUGUGCGAAACCCUAAAAACCAACUACCAACUCAGCGACGAGAUCGGACGUGGGCGUUUUGGCACCAUUUACCGGUGCUUCCACCCUAGCUCCGCCGUACCUCACGCCUGCAAAGUCAUCGACAAAUCCCUCCUCUCCGAUUCCACCGAUCGUGAGUGUCUCCAGAACGAACCGAAAUUCCUCUCUCUCCUUUCGCCUCACCCUAACAUCCUUCAAAUCUUUGACGUUUUCGAAAACGACGAUUUCUUAUCCAUCGUUUUAGAGCUUUGUCAACCUCUCACUCUCCUCGAUCGCAUCGUUUCAAAUCCUUUCACCGAACAACAAGCGGCGUCUCUCAUCAAAAAGCUUCUCGAGGCCGUUGUUCACUGCCACCGUCUCGGUGUCGCGCACCGUGACAUCAAGCCGGAUAACAUUCUCUUUGAUUCUAACGAUAAUCUCAAAUUAGCUGAUUUUGGUUCGGCGGAAUGGUUCGGCGACGGCAGAACCAUGAGCGGUGUUGUUGGAACGCCGUAUUACGUGGCGCCCGAGGUUCUUUUAGGAAGAGAUUAUACAGAAAAAGUUGAUGUGUGGAGUGUUGGUGUGGUACUGUACAUAAUGUUGAGCGGAAUUCCUCCUUUUUACGGAGAUUCUGCUAGUGAAAUUUUUGAAGCGGUUAUUAGAGCGAAUCUGAGGUUUCCGUCUAGAAUCUUCCGUUCCGUUUCAUCCUCUGCUAAGGAUCUCUUGAGAAAAAUGAUUUGUAGAGAUGCUUCCAGAAGAUUUUCUGCAGAACAAGCCUUGAGACACCCUUGGAUAGUGAGUGGAGGAGAAACAACUAAUCAGAAUUGA